GAAGGGAGAAAUAAGAUGGAUCCGAUCUUAACUGUAGUGAGUUCACCUAUUCAGAGGGAGCCACGUGUACAAAUGGAACACCAUCACACUAUUUAUACUCCUUCCCCUUCCCUAACACAGUAAGUCACUUUUAAUCUCUCUCACUUUCCUUCGACUCUCAAUUCAAUUGCAACGCAACAAUGCCCAACCCUAGGGUUUUCUUCGACAUGACCAUCGGAGGCCAACCCGCCGGCCGCAUAGUCAUGGAGCUCUUCGCGGACACCACUCCCCGAACCGCCGAGAACUUCCGCGCCCUCUGCACCGGCGAGAAGGGAGUAGGCCGCAGCGGCAAGCCCCUCCACUACAAGGGAUCCGCCUUCCACCGCGUCAUCCCCAACUUCAUGUGCCAGGGCGGAGACUUCACCGCCGGGAACGGCACCGGUGGUGAAUCCAUUUACGGCUCAAAGUUUGCGGACGAAAACUUCAUCAAGAAGCACACAGGUCCUGGCAUUCUAUCGAUGGCGAACGCGGGACCGGGCACGAAUGGAUCUCAGUUCUUCAUCUGCACCGUUAAGACGGAGUGGCUGGACGGGAAGCACGUGGUGUUCGGGGAGGUGGUGGAGGGCCUUGACGUGGUGAAGGAAAUCGAGAAGGUGGGAUCCAGCUCAGGCAAGACCGCCAAGCCCGUCGUCGUCGCUGACUGCGGGCAACUCUCCUAAUGCUCAUUCAUGCAAACGGUGUCGUUUUACUGCUUUGUCUUAUUUUAUUUUAGUCUGUUAAAGUUGAGUGAUUUGAGGUAUUUCUGUUAGGGUUGCUACGGCGGAGUCUUUCUUCCGAUCAUAAAACUCACACUACUGCUGUGCUACGUUAAAUAAAUUUAGGUUUAAUAAUUUUUUAAUCUUUAA